AGUGUGGCCCCAGAAGUGCCACCUGUCAGUGUCCAUCAGUGCCAGCUGUCAAUGCUGAACAGUGCCACCCAUCAGUGCCAGUCAGUGCCACCUAUCAAUGCCAAUCAGUGCCAGUCAGUACCGCCUAUCAGUUCCAGUCAGUGCCGCUUAUCAGUGCCAUUCAGUGCCGUCUAUCAGUGCUGCUUUUCAGUGCCUAUCAGUGAUGCCUGUCAAUGCCCAUCAGUGUCCAUCAGUGCAGCCUGUCAAUGCCCAUCACUGCAGCCUCAUUAGCGCACAUCAGUGAAGGAGAAAAAUCACUUAUUUACAAAAUGUUACAA